UUAAGUCUACUUCUACAAUCAGAGUGGACCUGCCUUUGGAGUUACAUACCUAUUCAUCUCAAGGACAAAGCUACCUGAUAACUUCAUUGCGAACUUUCACCAUGUUCAAAUUUCCAGGAGUUGCUUUCAUCACUGGCGCUGGAGGGACCGGCAUUGGCGCUGCAGUUGCCAAGGGUUUCGCGCGAUCAGGAUGUUCAAGAAUUGCCAUCACAGACCUCAAUAAAAAAUCACUGGCGGAUACGAGAGAUGCCAUUUCACAAAUCAACCCAGAGGCACAGGUGUUUAGUCAAGAAGGCGAUAUUUCGAAUGAAGUUUUCGUCAACUCAUUCGUUGGCGACAUUGCUAAGAAGUUCUCACGCAUUGACUACUCAGUAAGCUGCGCCGGUAUAUUGGGCCAGUCACUACGGUCACACGAAACGUCAACUGCCGAUUUCGAUCUCAUUACCAAUGUCAACUACAAGGGUAGUUGGCUGGCUUCUCGGGCGGUCCUGAGCCGUAUGCUUGAACAGCAACCUCAUGAGGAGCACCCAGACCAACGCGGCGCCAUCGUCAAUAUCGCGAGUCAACUCGGCAUUGUGGCACGGCCAGCUGCGGCUCCGUACUGUGCGUCCAAGGCCGCAAUCAUCAACAUGACACGGUCAGAUGCCAUUGACUAUUCGCAAGACAAGAUCAGGGUCAACUGCGUCUGCCCGGGAGUCAUCGCCACGCCGAUGACAACAGCGUCAGAAGAGUUGGUACAGCGACUGAGGCCCGCAAUAGAUAUUGCGCCGAUGAAGCGCAUGGGGACACCCGAGGAGGUGGCUAACGCGGUGUUGUUCUUGUGCUCAAGCCAAGCCAGCUUCAUCCAAGGCCACGCUCUGGUAGUCGACGGAGGCUACACCAUCAAUUGAGAAGUGAUAAUAACAACUCGAAACUCGUCAAACACGACCAAGCCCGUGCUGCUUCGUGGUAACACUUUCCGCAAUCAGAUCUGUGAAGUGCUGACAGGACCUUUUCCUUUUCCGUUUCG